AUGUACUCGUCAACCGAGGCUGUUCCGGAACGUGUACGCUACUACGACCGCAGCAUCAUGCUCAUGGAUCGCCUCGCAGCAAUCUCACAGCGGAAUCAUCGAAAGUCUCUACUCCUUCGUCUGCCUGCCGAGCUUCGUAACAAAAUCUACGAAUACGUUUUCCUCUCCCACCCAGUCCGCCCCUUCCGCGAGCAUAGAGAAUGGCCCCACUGGGCGUACCCAAGGUCGCAAUUAAACUUACUUGAGGCGUGUCGUCAAAUUUACUUCGAAGCCAAACUCUUCCCGUUCGCUCUCAACGUCUUUGUCGGCUACGCGGAGCACGUCAUCGAAUUGUUAUUGACAACCUUCACCGCUUUCCAGACCGAUAUUAUAUCCAAUGUACGACUGUAUGUCGACGCCUUCGGAGUCUACAGAGAUGGCAAGAUACCAGAGGCUGGACUCAAGGCCUGGUUCAUUGACGAACUAGGGGAUCUGUGUCAACUCGUCAGUCUGAGAGAAGUGACGUUGAUCUGGUUUGGCAGCGACAUUGAGGUUGUGAGGGAGCAUUUGAAUAUGAUGAUAUUGGAGAUCUUCAAGGGAUCAGGCCGAGCGGAUAUUAAGGUUGUUGUGCAGUACUUCGAUUGA